UCCUCCUGGCAUUCCUGUGGAAGCUCUGGUGUCAACUGUCCCACCUGGGCAGGCUGGGCCUUUGCAAGACUGAACCCUUAUCCCCCAGACCUCAGCUGCCAAAUCCAGGUGGGCUGCAAAGGCGUUGCUCUCUUUAGAAGGGCUGAGAGACUGGAGCAGGAAGGCCUUGUGUGUGGGGUAGCCCUAGUCCUCACUGGGUCCAGAGGCACUGGCUGGGGGCUUCCAUGGUCUCCAGGGCUCUCUUUUAUCAACUGCCACUUUGGCUCCUCUGGGCAGGGCCUGGAAACCUGCAGAAGGAGUGGGCUUUGGCAGGGGCCAGGUCAGUGAACUCUGACUCCUCAAGAGGCCAAGGUUGGGGUAAAUUCUCUGUCCUUUGCCUGGUGGAGGGUGUGUGAAUCCCUCUCCACCUCAGGCUAACCUGCUCCUCCUCUCCCGUUGUCUCUCCAUGGUCACAGUUCCUGUAGACCAGCUGCCCAGGAGCGUGGCAUACCUCUGUGAAGAACCUGGCCAGUGUCGGAGAUGGCAUCCAUAGGGUGCAGUUUAUUACCUGCCAACCCCCCUGCCGCCAAGGGGCUGCCUUUGGCCGGGCUCUAUGCCCAGGUGGACCUCUGCCUGGGCUGUUCCCGUUGCUCCCAGCGCCUCAAUGAGAGCACUUACGUCCUGCAUGAGGUGGAACACAACUGUCCUGCUGAGAUCUUGCUGGCCCGCUGCAAGCCAUAUGUCAAGAGCAAGGUCUGGCGCAAGGUAGGCCGCCGGCCCAGCUUCCCGAGGCCUAUGCGCUAUGAGGUCUGCCGUUACUACAGCCCUGGGCUGGGCUGCCGGCGCCAUCGGAAUCAGUGCACCUUUGCCCGAAGUCCGGAGGAGGCACUCGUCUGGACCUUCGAGCGUAAGCACAGCCUCUCCCGCCUGUGUCUGAAGGCUGCUGUGCAGGGCACCAAGGGUGAGCCUCAUGGAGCAGCCGAAACCAUCCGCACGGAGUUUGGUGGCUGUUUCCAAUUGCUCUGUGCCCACUGCUUCAGGUGCUCUCCCCCAAGCAUCUGCCCCAUAGACCCCCAGGGGCAGUGUCCCAAGCAUGGAGCCUGCCCCUCGCUCCUCAUCCACGUGAGCACCGAGGGCCGAAAGCAGCAGUAUGUAGAGGUGCGGCCACAACCCCAGAACCGAAAGCAGCUAAACUAUUGCAUGUUUGUGGAGCGUGGGCAGCCAUGCCGCCACGGGGCAUCACGUUGCCAGUAUGCACACAGCGCUGUGGAGAUGGCUGUGUGGGGAGCUGAACGGCUGGGUGGGCUCCAGAGGGGCGACCUGCUCGCACCUCCUGCCCUCAGGGAGGACAAAUGCACAGCUGCCUGUGACCAACCCUCAGGCGUCCUGCUGUAUUGCCACGCCUGCCUAGUCACCUGCCGCUCUCCGGAGGCCUUCGAGAACCACUGCUUCUCCCUGGAGCACGCUCAGAUGGUUGCCUUCGACCAGGCUGUGCCGUGGGAGUACCGUGUACCACCCAUGGGGCUCUCCAAGUUUGAGCUCUGCCCUAGGCCUGACCUCUGCGAGUAUGGGGACAUCUGCACCAAGGCGCACUCAGCACAGGAGCUUCAGGAGUGGAUCCAGCGGACGCAGGCCAUGGAGCUGCGAGAGCAAGCAGCUUGGCAGGAUGGGCUAGUGCCCUAUCGGGCUCGGCUCCUGGCUGAGUACCUGUCCAGCAGCAGCAAGGUUCUAGUGCUGGCUGAGACCAUCCAUGGGGUAUCCAUCACCUGCCACCAACCCCUGGUACUCAAUCAAGCCCAGGAGAAGGCCCAGCACACCUGGACAUUCACCAUCCACUCUGAGGAUCCCUUGCUACAUGUGGCCCUGCUCAAGCAGGAGCCCGGAGCAGACUUCUCACUGGUGGCCCCCCACCUCCCACCUGGCCGGCUGUAUGCACAGGGUGAGCGCUUCUGUGUGCCCCACUCCCCAGCAGAAUUCCGGGUGGGGGUGCGUGUGCGGGCCGCCUCCUUUGGCACCUUUGAGCAAUGGGUGGUCUUUGACUUUGGCCGCCGGCCUGUGCUGCUUCGGAAGUUGGGGCUACAGCUGGGCCAGACCCACUGUCAAGGACUCUGUGGGAGGCCAGCUCCUGGUCAUCCCGAGGAGCUGGAUCGGUGGGACACACACAACCGCCAUGUAGUGCCUGGCGUGGAGCGGACAGCUGAGCAGGUGGCUCUGAUGGCCAAGUACAAGAUGCCCACCCUGACCCUGGAGCCCAGUUGCCAAGGUCUGACCUCGGGCCCCAUCUCUCACACCAACUAUCGGCAGAUGAUGCACCACUUCCUCUAUGAGGAGGAGAUGGCUCAGCAGCAGCUAGUAGCCAAGCUGACCCUGAGGGGCCAGGUGUCCCUGAAGACUGUGCUACAGACACCAGCACUUGGCAUGGUCUUCGCUCCGCCAGGAUCUCUGUAUGCUGAAGUCCCUGUCCCUUCCUCUCUGAUGCCAGACUCAGACCAGGGCUUUCUGCUGGGCCGGGCAGUCAGCACAGCCCUUGUGGCCCCUGUACCUGCACCUGAUGACACUGUGUUCGAGGUGCGGCUGGAGACACGGGCCAGUUCAGAGCAGGCCCUGUGGUUGCUGCUGCCAGCACGCUGCUGCAUGGCCCUGGGACUACAGCCUGAGGCCAGCCCCAUCUUGGAGGUGCAGUUCCAGAUUGACCCCCUGACCUUCCGGCUCUGGCACCAGGCAGUGGACAUGCUUCCUGAAGUGCGCCUGGUGGUGCCUGACCUGCCUGCCUGUGUCCUGCCCCGUACCUGGCCCAUCCCGCCUGCAUUUUGUGGCAACCGCAAGCAGAAGCUGGCCAUGGGGCUGAUUGCGGGUAUCAACCCUGAGGGCAUGAAACCCGUCCCACCACUGCUCAUCUAUGGCCCCUUUGGCACGGGCAAGACUUACACAUUGGCCAUGGCCUCCCUGGAGGUUGCUCGGCAGCCCCACACCAAGGUGCUCAUCUGCACACACACUAAUAGUGCUGCCGACAUCUACAUCCGGGAGUAUUUCCAUGGCUAUGUCAGCAGUGGCCACCCAGAGGCAGUUCCACUCCGGGUGAUGUACACGGACCGCCCGCUGAACCAGACCGACUCGACCACGCUGCAGUAUUGCUGCCUGACCCCGGAUCGCCGGGCCUUCCGCCCACCCACUAUGCCAGAGCUGGUGCAGCACCGCCUGGUGGUCACCACCACCUCCCAGGCCCGCGAGUUCAGGGUGCCGGUGGGUUUCUUUUCCCACAUCUUCAUCGAUGAGGCUGCCCAGAUGCUGGAGUGUGAAGCCAUCACUCCUCUGGCCUAUGCCUCGCUCCACACCCGUGUGGUGCUGGCAGGGGACCACAUGCAGGUCACACCCAGGCUCUUCAGUGUGGCCAGGGCGAAGGCGGCAGUGCACACCCUGCUGUGCCGCCUCUUCUUACACUACCAGCAGGAGGUGCAUGAGGUUGCCCAGCAGAGCCGGAUCAUCUUCCAUGAGAACUACCGUUCCACUGCUGCCAUCAUCAGCUUUGUCUCACGCCACUUCUACAUGGCCAAGGGCAACCCCAUCCAGGCCAGCGGCAAGAUCCCGUGCCACCCCCGACACUAUCCGCUCAUGUUCUGCCAUGUGGCAGGAAGCCCCGAGCGGGACAUGUCCAUGACAUCCUGGCUCAAUGUGGCCGAGGUGGCCCAGGUGGUGGAAAAGGUGCAGGAGGUCUAUAACACCUGGCCUCCCUGCUGGGGCAGCAGGAAGCAGAGACACAUCUGUGCAGUCUCUCAUGGUGCCCAGGUCACUGCACUGAGGCAGGAGCUGAGGAAGAGGAACCUGGGUGAGGUAUCGGUGGGCAGCUUUGAGAUCCUACCAGGGCGAGAAUUCCGGGUUUUGGUGCUGAGCACUGUCCACAGUCGCCACAGCCUACUCAGCUCUGGGGCACCAACCUCGGAGUUCUUCACUGACGCCCGUGUGCUGAACACCGUCAUGACCCGCUCCCAGUCCCAGCUGGUGGCUGUGGGUGACGCCAUGGCUCUCUGUUCCUUUGGGGCCUGCAGCAAGCUUUGGAAGAGCUUCAUCAAGGAGUGCAUAGAGCACCACAGCGUCUGCCCUGAGGGCCUGUCAUUGGGGCAGAUUGAGCAAGGUGUGACCCAGAGGUGGCAGUGGGCCCCUGUGGCCCUCAGAGCAGAGGAGCCUGGGACAACAGUGGCCGGGAACACCAUCCUGAAGGAGACAGCUGGGAGUUCAGCUGUGGAGCACAGGGCUGUGGUACAAGUCCUGCCAGGACCUAUGCGCAAGGAAAGUGCAGCCACAGUGAAGGCAGAGGCAGGGACUACAACUGCUGGGGGCCCAGCAGUGAGGGAGGCAGCCACAGCACAGAUAGAAGCAGCAUCAGCAGGGGACAUGGCAAGGCAGAGCUCAUCCCCUGGGGAUGCAGCAGCAGGAGCAACUUCCCUGAUGGACAGGGUGUCUGAGGACCCUGAGGACUCAGAGUCUGACUUCUGGCCCUCUAACUGGGAGCUCAAUGAGGAUGAUGCUAUCUUAAAGGAGCUUCUUGAUGAGAGCCGGCAGGUCAUGAUAACUGUCAGGGAGGAUGGGCUGCUGGACAUCAUGGCAAGGCCCACAUCCCCACAGAAGGCCCAGCAGCACACAAACUUGCCCUCAGCCACACUGCGGAAGCUAUUGCGCACAAACCCUGAGCUGUACCGCCGCUGUACCUUCCUGCAGGAGACCUUUGAGCGGGCAUCAGCUGUCCCGCUGGACAAUAUGGCCUCCAGCCCCAUCCAGGUCAGGGGCCGCCUGAACUGUGGGAUGGCCUUCACGGGGGAUGAGGUGCUGGUGAAGGUUCUAGGUCGCUCACCUAAUGACAGGGUUGCUCCAGGGCGGCUGCAGGGCUGCGUGAUGGGCGUGUUGAAGAGGAGAAGACAAGAGUUGGCCUUCGUGUGCCGGAUGGACGAGUGGGAUCCCCGCAUCAUGAUCCCUAUCAAUGGCUCUGUCACUAAGAUCUUUGUGGCUGGGCUGAAGGACCGGCAGCAGGUUCCAAUCCAUCGCCUCCUCCAGGGCCAGGUACAGCGUGUAAGGAAUGAGAGUCUCACAGCUGACGCAUGGCGAACCCGGCUCUUCUGGAUCCACAUCGUCCUGUGGCGGGAGCGUUUUUACUACCCACUGGGCGUUGUCCUGGAGGUGCUACCUGAGGCCACGACCUGGGAGCAGGGCCUUCAUGUCCUUGACCUGGAACAUGGUCUAAGGGCCCCCUCGCCAGACCCAGCCUCCAUUUCCAAGGUGCUGCAGAAAUACAGUGCGGAGCUGAGCAUGGCUACCAGCCACCGAGAGGACUGUCGUCACAUCCUGACUUUCACUGUGGACCCCCAGGGCGCCUGCAACCUUGAUGAUGCCCUCAGUGUCCGGGACCUGGGCUCUGAGUAUGAGGUGGUUGUACACAUCACCGAUGUGGCCAGUUUGGUGCCCAGGGAUGGGGCACUAGAUGUGGAGGCCCGCCGGCAGGGCACUGUAUUCUAUGCCCCCGACAGGGAGCCAGUGCUCAUGCUGCCAGCCAGCCUCUGCCAGGACCUGCUCAGCCUCCUGCCAGGCCAGGAUCGCCUUGCCAUCUCCCUCUUCCUCACCAUGGAGAAGGGCAGUGGUCAGCUCCAGAGCCUUCGCUUUGCGCCCUCCGUGAUCCGCUCUGACUGCCAGCUGUCCUACGAGGAGGCCGAGGCACUGAUCAAGGGGCAUCCAGGAGCUGGCCUAGAGCUACCAGCUCAUCUGGAUACCGUGGAGGCCUGUGUGGUGGCUGCCUGCUACUUCUCCCAGGUGCUGCGUCAGCACCGCCUGCGAGCUGCCUGCCACUAUGAACCACCAGAUGAAGACAGCGUUCUGGGCUUCCGUGCAGCCCAUAUCAUGGUCCAAGAGUACAUGAUUCAGUUUAAUAGCUUGGUGGCUGAAUUCCUGGUGGGUCACAAGCACACACAGAUGGUCACACCACUGCGGUGGCAGCCCAUGCCUAGCAGCCACCAGCUGGAUACCGUAUGUGAGAGGCACAGAGAGCUGAUACCCCUGUCCCUGCACCUCCGCCACCACUUGCAUGCUCGCAACAGCCCCAGCACGCAGCUGCACCUCCUGGCCUCCCUCUGGACGCAUGUCCAGCUUGCCGCCCGCACCCAGGACUAUAGCCGUAUGGUGGACCUCAUUGCUGCAGAUGACAUGCACCCUUCGCUGGCUCCUGUGGGCCUAGACUUCCGAAAGGCCCUGGGUCGCUCUGUUUUCAGCCGCUCCAGCCAGGGUGACCAGCAGCCGGCAGGCCACUACUCGCUGCAGGUGGACUGGUACACGUGGGCCACUUCACCCAUCCGCAGGUACCUGGAUGUGAUACUGCAGCGACUGAUCCUGUUGGCACUGGGCUGUGGGGGCUCCACGUAUUCCACCAGAGACAUUGAUGGGCUCUGCCAGGACUUCAGCCGCCAGCAUGCAUGUGCCCAGAGCUUCCAGCGGCGGGCCCGCAGCUUGUACCUGGCCACCCAGCUCCACGCCCAGCCUCGAGAGAAGCUGGGCUUUGUGGUGGAUGUGGAGACUGGCGUCCGCUGCUUCAAGCUACUCUUCCCCGUCAACCGGGAGACACUGCCCGACCCCUGUGCUGUCCACUACCAUUCUCUGCAGCUGGCUGACCACCCCCACAGCCUGGUGGGCCGGCCAGGCCUGCAGCUUGUAUGGCGACGCCGUAUCUACUCAAUGCAGUCAUCCAAACCGCCCUCCCCAAAGCUGGGCACCCUGUUGGACCCACAUACCCGAACUGUCGAUGCAGCCCUGUGGAAGCAGCUGCUGGCGCUGGUGGAGGAGCAGCGCUGGCCUGAGGUGGCUGCCCUCAUCCAGGAGCAGGGUGAGAAGUCCCAGCCACGGGAGAUGGUGCAGGUACGCCACAGCCGCUGUGGCCACUUUGUGGAGGUGACCCGGGAGCUCAGCAGUGGGGACACGCUGCAGGUACAGCUCAGUGCCAGCGUACAGCGGGGCUUCCUGGUACCAACCCUCCAGCUGUGGACCGUGGUGCCUGGCCUCAGCCUCUGCCUGGAGCACAUGGAGCAGCCGGGAGAUUGCUUCUCAGGCCACACGUACCGGGCCUCGAAGGACUGGUACCACAAUGUGAAAGAGUACUUCCAGGUGUGGGGGCCACUCUGUGCCCUGGAGUCUGUCACCAACGCUGUUGCAGAAUGUGACUCUGUUACACUGCAGCAUGUGCUCAUUUCCUGGGAUGAGAAGCGGACACCACAGGGGCAGCUGCAAGGCACUUUCCACCUGGACCCUGCCUUCCUCCAGGAAAAAUGCAUCGAAGUUCACUUUGGCAGCUGCUACCUCUGCAUCCGGCUAGAGGAGCUCCCGGCUCCCCGGCCCUCCCAGCCCCCUGGGCCCAGCAGCCUCGGCCCCUUCCUCAGCAUUGAUCCUGAUACCUAUACCUGGGUGGCACAUGGGCUGGCUGACAACUGGGACCAGGAGGGCUGUGUGGACCAGCAGGAGGCACCCAGGAAAGUGCACUUCUCCAUCCACCAAAUGGCUAUGGAGAAGGUUCCAGAAGAGGUGCUGAGGCCUGGCACCCAGUUCACUGUGGAGGUGCUGUCCAAGCAGCUUCCAGACCUCCGCAAGGAGGAAGCCGUGCGUCGGUUGAAGAAGGCGUCCUCACUGGCCAUCCGUAUUGCCCUAGGCCAGCCCAUCCCCCAGCCUUGCCCCUCACCUCGCCAACGGCCCCUCUGCAGGGUUAUUGCCAACAGGUUCCUAGAGAGACAGGCUUAUAACAUCCCUGGAGGACACUACCAGCUGAAUCCCAGCCAGAACAGGGCCAUCAGGAGGGCUCUGGAGAAACCAUUCACCGUCAUCCAGGGUCCACCAGGCACAGGGAAGACAGUCGUGGGUCUCCACAUCAUAUACUGGUUCCACAGAUCAAACCAAGAGCAGGUACUGACAAGCAAUGGUCCUCAUGGAGAGGAGCGGCUGGGAGGCCCAUGCAUCUUAUACUGCGGCCCCUCGAACAAGUCGGUGGAUGUCCUGGCAGGACUGCUCCUGAGAAGAAGGACAGAGCUGAGGCCCCUGCGUGUGUACAGCGAGCAGUCCGAGGCCACUGAGUUCCCACUGCCAGGAGUAGGCAGCAAGGGCCUGCUCAGCAAGAACUCCUGGGAGGGGAGGCCGAACCAGAACCUCAGGAGCAUCACCCUGCAUCACCGAAUCCGGCAGCCCUCCAACCCGUUUGCCCCAAGGAUCAGGAAAUUUGAUGUCCGACUGCAGGAAGGGGAAUCCUUGUCUAGGGAUGACCUGGCCUUGUAUAAGAAGAUCUUGGGGAAGGCACGGAAGUUUGAGCUGGACCAACACUCAGUCAUCCUGUGCACGUGUUCCUGUGCUGCUUCAGCCAGCCUCCAAAACCUGAAUGUCUGGCAAAUCCUCAUUGACGAGGCAGGCAUGGCCACUGAGCCAGAAACCCUCAUCCCCCUGGUGUGCUUUUCACAAGCCAAGAAGGUGGUUUUGCUUGGAGAUCACAAACAACUGCGGCCUGUGGUCAAGAAUGAGCAGCUGCGAAACCUGGGGAUGGAUCGGUCUCUCUUCGAACGGUAUCACAGGGACGCCUUUAUGCUGGACACACAGUACCGCAUGCACGAGGGCAUCUGCUCCUUCCCCUCUAUGGAGUUCUAUGGAAAGAGGCUGAAGACCUGGUCUGGCCUGCGGCGGCCGCCUAGCCUCCUAGGCCAUGCGGGCAAGGACAGCUGCUCUGUCAUCUUUGGCCAUGUGCAGGGCCAUGAGCAGAGACUGCUGGUGUCCACAGAUGAAGGGAAUGAGAACUCUAGGGCCAACAUGGAGGAGGCAGCAGAGGUGGUCCGCAUCACAAAGCAGCUGACCCUGGACCGGACAGUGGAUCCCAAGGACAUCGCCAUCCUCACACCCUAUAACGCACAAGCUGCACUCAUCAUCAAGGACCUCCAGCGGGAGGGGAUCACUGGAGUGACCGUGUCCUCCAUCACCAAGAGCCAGGGGAGCGAGUGGCGCUAUGUGCUGGUGAGCACCGUUCGAACAUGUCCUGAGAGUGACGUGGACCAGAAGCCAACCAAAAGCUGGCUCAGGAAGUUUUUGGGCUUUGUCAUGGACCCCAACCAAGUGAACGUGGCCCUCACCCGGGCCCAGGAGGGGCUCUGUCUAAUCGGAGACCAGGUCCUGCUGCGCUGCUGUCCACUCUGGUGCCGUCUCCUGGACUUCUGCAAGGCCCAGCAGAGUCUUGUGCUUGCUGGGCAGGUGCGGGUCCAGAGGAAGCCAGCUGUGUCUUCUUGAAGAGUCCCUACCUGUCCACCCUUGAGGUGCCAGUGGCCCUAGGAAACAUUCCUCAUCCUCCUCUGCUGUAGGCCCAGACACAUGGCAGAUUGCCGUGGCCUUGUGCCCAGUUGGUCCUCAUCAUAUUCUGCUGCUGCUGCUGAGGCAGGGCCCCAACACUGGCCACGGCCAUGAAGAAAUGACAGUCUUGUGGGUGUUGGCCUCUCCUUGGAUGGGAAACAGGCCAAGUGGUGACCUUCCUGUUUGUGCCUGAGCUUGGGAGAAGGAAGGAGCUGGGGUGGGAUCAUUUCCUCCCUGUUAUGUUGCUUUUCCUGGGACAGUUGGUGGCAGGGAAGCCUCUUAGUGGCCAUGAGGAGUCCCAGAUUGGCAAGAGACACCUCUGCUGUUACUGGAGAGUCUUAGGCAAGAAGGGGACCCCUUCAAGGCUGUACUUCGACCUUUGGAUCGUUCUGUGAUUGCAUUGAGUACCGUGGAUGUGCUGACCUAAUUUUCUAGUUUUAAACUAAAAGCCAACAAUCUCUUACACUCAGUAAGAGGCCUCCCUGGAGGAGGGAGACUUUUUCUGUCCUCCACUGCCCUGUGUCCUGCAGGGUUGCCUGACAGGAAAGGGGAAGGCAGAGCCCCUCCUGAGGUGUGCAGAGAAGCCAUGAAAGCAGGAGGCGGGCAGGGCUUGUGUUUCUGCCCCAAGCUGUGCCUGCGCAGGUCCAGGGUCCAGGACAACUUGCCUGGGAGUGUCUUUCUCUGAUGGGAAGGAGCGGGCACAGUUUCCCCUCCAUGUCCACCUCCAGCUACCAGGCCCACCUCGAGGCAGCUCUAACAUUGGGGCUACACUCUCUCAGCACAGUUCUUUGUUCCUGGGGCCUGAGUUCUUGCUGUCUAUACCAGGAGGGGCUGGUCUCCCUUUGCCUCACUGCAGGCUCUCUGCAGGAGGAGUGUCUAUUUUUUAAUAAAUCGAGAUGCAAAAAUCAGAAUACCUGAUUUUUGAAUCUCUUCCUCAUUAUAUAUUGAAUAUUAAUUGUAUAAUAAAUCCUUUCUCACU